UGACAGUCUUGCCCUUGGACACUACUGGGGUUACCUUCGUGUGAAUGCAUACACUUAUACACUCAUGUCUAACUGAGGAAGAGGCUCGCGUCUGUGCAGAGGGGAUUUCUCGUUUCCAUUUCCGGCCCGUUUAGAAGACCGACCACUGCCCUCUCGACACUCCCAGGCAGAAGACCAUGGAUUUGGCAGAUAUCCCCUUUCCAAUCACCUCUGCCGACGACUUUUACGAUGACCCGUGUUUCAACAUGGGUGACAUGCAGUUUUUCGAGGACCUCGACCCGAGACUGGUGCACGUCGGCCUGCUGAAGGCGGAGGAUCACCACCGCAACGAGGACGAGCACAUCCGCGCGCCCAGCGGGCACCACCAGGCGGGCCGAUGCCUGCUGUGGGCGUGCAAAGCCUGCAAGAGGAAGACCACCAACGCGGACCGCAGGAGAGCGGCCACCAUGCGGGAGAGGAGGAGGCUCAGCAAGGUGAACGACGCCUUCGAGACGCUGAAGCGAUGCACCUCCGCCAAUCCGGAUCAGAGGCUUCCCAAAGUGGAGAUCCUCCGCAAUGCCAUCAGCUACAUCGAGUCCCUGCAGGCCCUGCUACGGGGCGGACAGGAGGAGAAUUAUUACCCGGUCAUGGAUCACUACAGCGGGGACUCCGACGCGUCCAGCCCGCGCUCCAACUGCUCCGACGGCAUGAUGGAUUUCAGCGGACCCCCAUGUCGAACUAAACGGAAGAACUAUGACAGCACCUACUUCACUCAAACACCACAUGAUUCCAGAAGCAAAAACUCAGCCAUUUCCAGCUUGGACUGCUUAUCGAGCAUCGUGCAGCGCAUCACCACGGAGCCGCCCACCGGCCCCGCGGCUGCAGACGGCCCGGGCGCCCCGACUCCCCCCCGGGACGCUCCCGCGCCGUCCAGUCCGCCCCCCGACCACCGCCACGAGCACGAGCACGACCAGGGCGGAGGGCGGCCCGCUGAGACCAGCACCGUGUACGAGGUGCUGUGAGCCUCGCGGACAAUACGAUAUUCCACAGAAAUAUUCCCACAUUUUAGGAAAGACGUUGGGGGGGGGGGGGCUGCCAGAGUGUCCCAGGCCCUGUAGGCUUAAAGACAUCUUUCCUAAAGUUCAAAUCCAGUUUCUUAAAACAAUGUCUCUCCACUGUCAUUUAGUUUUGGCCCUUGUGUUAAAGUCUCAGGCCUGUAUGUGUUGUGUUCUGAACUGUUGUGCAAAAAACACAAUAUUAAUCUUUGGGAAUUGCAGGCCAUAUUUUGGAAGAUAAACUAUAACUUUACUAUUCCUGUCGCGGGGGAAUUAACGAGGACCAUUUUAUACAAUUGUAAAUAAGAAUUGCUUGUUCGGAUAAAAAGAAAAAAAAUCACACAAUACAUAUUUAUAUGUUUAUCUAUAGAGACGCUUGGGUUGUUGUGUAAAAUGUUUAUAUAUUUAUUAUGAGUGAAUGAUAUUUUAAUAAAUAAAUAUGUAUCUA